CGCAUCUCAAAAAGCGGGAAAAUUCCAAGAUGGCGGAAGAUUCUAAAGUUUGGGUGGAAAAUCAGAAAAUUGUGCAAAGUAUUCACCAGAAAUUGAAGAAAGAAUUAAGUCAGAUUGCAAAGGCAAAGUCAUGGAGUGUUGAGAAGACAGAAGCUUUCGAGAAAAGUCUAAACGAGCUGUAUAAGGAUGUAAUCCAGGAGAGUGUUAAAUCUAAUGUUUCUGUGAAUGGAAAAGAAUGGGUAGAUGAACUGAACACAACACAAACAACAGCAAAACCAGUUCAAGAGCCUGUCAAUAAAGAACGAUUAAAAGAAGUCAACAACAUGUGGAUGUCUUUAGAAGACUUAAUCAGAGAUACAACCAGCAAACACAAGACCUAUCCACCUAAGAUUACACAAACUAUGACAAAUGUACUGAGAAGUAAAGUAGAAUUACUGGAAAAGUAUUCGCCAGUUGUUAAAAGUGACACCAUAGAAACCUCUAGGCCAACCUGCCAAGAUGAAAGUGAUUGUACACAAAGACUACAAGCUGCAAUGACAGAACAAGCUCUUCUUACCAAGAAAUUCCCAUCUUUGCAAACAAAAACAGAAGAUCUUCACCAGGCUAUGAUCACACACAAAGAAAUGCAAGACAGUGAGACAGAUGCCGUCUUGUUUGGUAAAACACCAAAACCUUCAAGAAGAAGCACAAGAACACCUCGAACCCCUGACAGAUAUGGUAGUCCAGCAAAAACAAAGCAAUCUGCUAAGAAAACUUCUUUGCGAAAUAAUUUAAUAACAAAAACACUUUCUUAUUCUUAUAAGAAAAAAUAAUUUUACCAUAAUUUUUAUCUGACAAAUUUUAUUAUUUUGUAUGUGAAUACAAAUGACUUAAAACAAUGUAAAUACAUUAAAGUUACUGUAAACAUGAUGGUUAAGAUCAUGAGAACUACUUAGUUUGAAGCCAAAGAGCUUGUCCCAUGUAGUCAUGUAACAUGCAGUAACUAGCACUAAGGUACAACAUUGUAGAAGUAGUUUACAAAAAAAUAUCAUUAAUUUGUUGUUAUUUCAGUAGAAAAUUAAUUGAUUAAGCUUAUCCAAUGUUGCACCUCUCACAAAUAUUGGAGGAUUUAGAAUUUAGUAUUAUAUUAGUAUUUAGUAUGGAAAGUAUGUUGGUCCUUGUGUGAUGAUGCUAAUAUAAAAUAGUGAAAUGUAAUCCUUGUAGUCUCGAUUGCCUUCAUUUUGACUCUUCUUCUCCCAGGUGGCCACCUCAAAACCCCUUUGAGAACAAUUGUCACUAAAUGAAGCCUGAUAGAGUAGAUACAAGGUAAUUGUAGUGCAAAGAUGUUUAAACCCAAGGAAUCAACAACCAAAGGAAGGAAAGCUGAAGAGGUCUUUUUAAUCCUGGCAGCAUAUUUUAACAAAGUGUAAAAUAUUAAAAUAGUGCAAAUUAUUUUGUGGAUUAAAUGUUAUUCAAAGGA